UCGAUAGUCUAGCAGCCCUGGCUUACGUGCACAGUUUGUUGAAAAAAGUGUCAGUUUAAUAUAAUUGAAAUAUUGAAGCGUUUCAUAUUGUUUUUGUAUGCUGCCGCCACUUAGCUGCAACAUAUAUGUCUAUAUAUAUCAUAGAUUUUUACCCAUCGUCAGCGACUGCGUGUUAUUUACGCAACAACAACGACAACAUUAGCAAUAACAGCACAAACUAAACAACAAUCAACAAUCCAACAACAAUAGAGAACUCUGCUAUAAUCGGCAGUAAAAUCUCGAACAGCUAAACAACACCAGCAACAACAACAAAAACUACCAACAACAAAAUUAACAAUCAUGGCGAACAUGGCCGUAUCACGUAUCAAGCGCGAAUUUAAAGAAGUUAUGCGCAGCGAAGAGAUCGUACAGUGCUCAAUCAAAAUAGAGCUAGUCAAUGAUAGCUGGACAGAGCUGCGCGGCGAGAUCGCCGGCCCGCCAGACACGCCCUACGAGGGCGGCAAGUUUGUGCUGGAAAUUAAAGUGCCAGAAACAUACCCAUUCAAUCCACCAAAGGUUCGUUUUAUAACACGCAUUUGGCAUCCGAACAUUUCGUCAGUCACUGGCGCCAUUUGCCUAGACAUAUUAAAGGAUAACUGGGCCGCUGCGAUGACAUUGCGUACGGUAUUAUUGUCGCUGCAGGCGUUGCUGGCCGCCGCCGAACCCGAUGAUCCCCAGGAUGCCGUUGUCGCAUAUCAAUUCAAGGAUAAGCACGAUCUAUUCGUAUUAACUGCCCGACACUGGACCAAUGCGUAUGCCGGCGGCCCGACUACGUUUCCCGAUUGUGAUUCAAAGAUACAGCGGCUCAAGGACAUGGGCAUUGAUGAGCACGAUGCGCGCGCUGUAUUAUCCAAAGAGAAUUGGAAUUUGGAGAAGGCGACCGAGUGUCUAUUCAGUUAGCUUUGCGGCGAAACGAACAACCACAGCAACAGGAGCAGCGACAACAACAUCAUUAUCAACAGCAA